AUGGCAUCACCUGGUGGUGGUAACGGUGGUACGGGCGGUGCUCCUGGCGGAGGAGGGAAGGAGAACGGGAAGAUCGUGAAGGCUGGACACGGCGAGGCGUGUGCUGCAGAUAGAGCCCAGCAGCGGCCGCGUACCGCAGUGUAUGUGGUGCCUCCUCUGAAUAAGGACGAAUGGAACAAGUGGAAGCAAGUGUUGGAACAUUUUACGAAAUAUAUGGAUGAACACAAAGACCUCGCGGAUGCAUAUGGUGCAAACUGUUAUAACGUAGGUUGGGAUGAUGUGGACCCCGCACCCAGGAAAGAUCAGACAGUGGCGGACGUAGUCAGGUGCAGAGUUAUGAGUGUUGCAUGGGGUUUCGCAAACAGGUGGGAUAAGAAUGAACACGAUACAGGGGAACGGCAGAGCACAGACGAGGACGAAAAGGAGAAUAUGUUAAGAUGUGAAGUAGUGAAUGUAUUUGGACAUCUACUGAAAAAUAAGUAUUGCAACGGGCAACGAGGAUACAAGAGAGGUGUAGAAUAUGCCCGGAUAGCAUUCAGGCAUAUGAAGAGCGCGGGAACACACGGAGCUGGAGUGGUCGGGGGUCCUGUUACAGCAGGCAAGUGUACAGCAUGUGGGUAUGACCAGCAUACAAGGUCGGCACACGCCAUAAAUUGGAAGGUAGCAGAGUGGUUAUUGUACGAAGGGCAAAUAUUGCAAGGAAUCGAGAAUAUAGAAGACACGCGGUUCUGUAACACGAAGUGGGCGCAUUAUACACAGGGAAAGAUGAAGGACGGUAACCCGAAUGUGGUGAACGAAACGAAAAUCACUGAAAUAAAGCCAGAACAGGAGAAACUAAGGAAGAAAGCAACCAAGAAAAUGGACGAAGUGAAGGAAGCAUUAGAAAAGAAAAUUCAGGAAAUGAGAGAUAAGCAUAUGAAUGCAGCGGAAGCCAAGAAGAAAAACCACGACGGCACGAAGUCCACGGAAGGCAGUACUCAGGACGACAGUAGUGAGAACGCGCAACUACCGGCGGCUCCCUCACCCAAAGGGAGAUCAGAAACAUCUGCUGCGGACGCGCCGGUCCCAACAUCACCAUCCGUACCACAACCCCCACCUCCUCAACCAAAGAACGAAAAUGAUCAGGCAGGAUCGGGACAAGGACCGGGUCAGGGACCAGGACCUGGACAACAACCCCCACCACCUCCACCACCACCACCAGACAACGAAGCUAAAGAACCUGGAGCCGCAGCAGCAACGCCAACAUCAAAGGAUACGCAAGAAACAGGUAAGUGCCCUAAGACACCAGGGUUUUCCACAGUCCAGAAUGAAGGCCGAGGUGUAUACGGAGCUACAUCAAGUACCUCUGUGUCUUUUGGAACGAGUUCGGAAACUGACAACACCUGUGGGAAGAACACUGACGACACAGGAGCAGGUAGUGUCCUGAGUGAAUUUCGACAACAAAAACACAGAGAAACAAAAAACACAAAAGUAAAAGACAACAGAAAAACGAGCAUACUGGUUACUAUUAAAAAGGGUAGUUUGGUCACGAGCAAUAUUGCACAAAAAAAGGAAAGGUUACACAAAUGUGAUAUACUUAUGUACAUAUAUGUGUAUGAAUAUAUAUAUUUACUACGAGCGCUAUUGUAA